GAAAAAAAUAAACCGUCAUCUUCCGCGAUCACCGCCAAAUCUCUAUCCCCAAGCAAAAGUCCACCAAAUUCUCUCUCCCCCCGCAGAAUCAUCGAACGAUGAGAAGACGAUGAACACGCCUCCGCCGCCGUUUCAGCCGGAGCCAACGCCAUUUCAUCAGCCGCCGGCGAGAACCCAGCGGAGGCUCAUCGUGGAGAUUGUGGAGGCGCGAGAUCUCCUCCCAAAAGACGGACAUGGAAGCUCGAGCGCUUACGUCGUCGUCGACUUCGAUGCCCAGAAGAAACGGACAUCGACCAAGUUCCGAGACCUCAACCCUGUCUGGAACGAGAUGCUCGAGUUCGUCGUCUCCGACCCGAAGAACAUGGAGCGCGAGGAGCUAGAUGUUGAGGUCUACAACGACAAGAGGUUUGGCAAUGGAAGUGGUCGGAAGAACAAUUUCCUCGGGAGGGUUAAGAUUUACGGCAGCCAGUUCGCAAGGAGAGGUGAAGAGGGGCUUGUGUAUUUUCCAUUGGAGAAGAAGAGUGUUUUUAGUUGGGUUCGUGGUGAUAUUGGGCUGAAGAUUUACUAUUUUGACGAAGUAGCGGAGGAAGAGCCGCCACCGCCACCGCCGCAAGGGGAGGAUUCGCUGCCUCCGCCGCAAGUGCUGCAUAAUCUGCCGCCGGAAAAGCCGUCUCCGGGUGUGGUUGUGGUGGAGGAGGGAAGGGUUAUCGAAGGUCCCGUUCCAUCGGAAAUGUGUCAUCGGAGCUUUCCGGAGGCUCAGCCUCCGCCAAUGGUCGUCGUCGAGGAGUCUUCUCCGCCGCAAAUGGUUGGGCAUGUUCACUGUACUCGACCGCCGUCGCCUCCUCCGUCAGCGCACCCAGUGGCGCCGGUGUCGGAGGUGCAUUAUUAUCCGCCUGAGGUGAGAAACAUGCAGGCGGCGAGACCUCCGAUUGGAGAGAGAGUUAGGAUCCCGAAGAAACCCAAUGGAGAUUUCUCGCCGAGGGUUAUAAACAGCAAAAUCGGAGGAGAGACGGUGGCGACGGCGGUUACGGCGGAGAGGAGCCGUCCGUACGAUCUGGUGGAGCCGAUGCAGUAUCUGUUCGUAAAGAUCGAGAAAGCUCGUGGGCUUGCCCCGAGCGACGGUGCGUACGUCAAGGUGCGUACAUCGAACCACUUCAAACGGACAAAGCCGGCGAUUUACCGACCCGGCGAACCCACCGACUCACCGGAGUGGAAACAGGUCUUCGCUCUCGGACACAACAGGGCAGAUUCCGCCGUCUCCGGCGAGACACUCGAGAUCUCAGUCUGGGACGCUCCGUCAGAGAGUUUCCUCGGCGGCGUUUGCUUCGAUCUCUCCGAGGUUCCGGUCCGAGACCCACCAGACAGUCCACUCGCGCCUCAGUGGUACCGUCUCGAAGGCUCCGCUACCGACCAGAGCUCCGGGAGAGUCUCCGGCGACAUCCAACUCUCUGUCUGGAUUGGAACCCAAGCCGACGAAGCCUUCCCGGAGGCUUGGAGCUCCGACGUGCCGCACGUGGUGCACACGCGCUCCAAGGUUUACCAAUCUCCGAAGCUCUGGUACUUGAGAGCGACGGUCGUAGAAGCUCAGGAUCUCCACAUCGCACCGAAUCUUCCGCCAUUGACGGCUCCCGAGGUCCGCGUAAAAGCCCAGUUAGGAUUUCAGUCAGCUCGAACAAGCCGAGGCUCGAUGAACAACCACAGUGGGUCAUUUCACUGGAACGAGGACUUAAUCUUCGUCGCCGGUGAACCAUUGGAGGACUGUCUGAUUCUGGUUGUGGAAGACAGGACAACCAAAGAGACGCAACUUCUCGGUCACGCCAUGAUUCCGGUGAGCUCAAUCGAGCAGCGAAUCGAUGAGCGCCAUGUGCCCUCAAAAUGGCACACCUUGGACGGUGGCGGCGGAGGAGGACCGUACUGUGGUCGGAUCAGCCUCAGGCUAUGUCUUGAAGGAGGGUAUCACGUGCUUGAGGAGGCUGCUCACGUGUGCAGCGAUUUCCGGCCGACGGCGAAGCAGCUAUGGAAGCCGGCGAUCGGAAUUCUGGAGCUUGGGAUUCUUGGCGCUCGUGGGUUGUUGCCGAUGAAGGCGAAGGAUGGUGGAAAAGGUUCGACCGAUGCUUAUUGUGUUGCAAAGUACGGGAAAAAAUGGGUUCGGACACGUACCAUAACGGAUAGUUUCGACCCUCGAUGGAACGAGCAGUAUACAUGGCAGGUUUACGAUCCGUGCACGGUACUUACCAUCGGCGUUUUCGACAAUUGGAGGAUGUUUUCAGACAUUUCCGACAAUAGACCCGACACCCGAAUCGGGAAAAUAAGGAUUCGGGUUUCGACCCUUGAGAGCAACAAGGUUUACACCAAUUCGUAUCCUUUAGUGGUGUUGUUACCGAGCGGUUUGAAAAAGAUGGGUGAGAUCGAAGUAGCCAUUCGAUUCGCUUGCCCGUCAUUGCUGCCCGAUAUAUGUGCAGUUUACGGGCAACCGCUCCUUCCACGGAUGCAUUACGUUCGUCCACUUGGUGUAGCCCAACAAGAGGCGUUAAGAGGCGCUGCGACGAAGAUGGUAGCAGGGUGGUUGGCUCGGGCUGAGCCGCCAUUGGGUUCCGAGGUGGUUCGAUACAUGUUGGACGCGGAUUCGCACACGUGGAGCAUGAGGAAGAGCAAGGCAAAUUGGUACAGGAUCGUCGGGGUUUUGGCAUGGGCCGUCGGGUUGGCGAAAUGGUUGAAUAGCAUAAGGCAAUGGCGCAAUCCGGUGACGACAAUUCUAGUUCAUAUCUUGUAUUUGGUUCUCGUAUGGUACCCAGAUUUAGUAGUCCCCACGGGUUUUUUGUACGUCGUAAUGAUCGGGGUUUGGUAUUACCGGUUCAGGCCCAAGAUACCGGCCGGUAUGGACGUCCGGUUAUCUCAAGCCGAGAUGGUUGAUCCUGAUGAGCUAGACGAAGAGUUCGAUACAAUUCCGAGUUCAAGACGGCCCGAGGUGAUACGAGCAAGGUAUGACCGGCUAAGGAUCUUGGGGGUGAGGGUUCAAACGAUAUUAGGCGACCUAGCGGCGCAAGGGGAACGGAUUCAAGCACUGGUUAGUUGGAGGGACCCAAGGGCGACGAAGUUGUUCAUAGCGAUAUGCUUGGCGAUCACGAUCGUGCUGUACGUUGUGCCGCCGAAGAUGGUGGCGGUGGCAUUAGGGUUUUACUAUCUCCGGCAUCCGAUGUUUCGGCACUGGAUGCCUCCGGCGAGUCUCAAUUUUUUCCGGCGGCUGCCGAGUUUGUCCGAUCGGCUGAUUUAGGGAGUGGGAAGGAAAGGAUAAUUUGAGUUUUCCCGAAUAAGAAAGGGUUUGGAAUAAAGACGAGUUUUUAUGGGGAAGCAACCAUUGUGAUUCUUUUUAAUCGCUAUUGUUGCUAUUAUUUUAUUAUUAUCAUUAAUAUAAUUAAUUCGUUAGGAACU